UCAUCCUACCCUACGGCUUCGAAGAUGGCGGCGGUGAGGUUCAUCCAGCAGGCUCAGAGCGGGGCGCGGCGGUACAGCACGGGCGCCCUCAAGGAUGUGGUGAUUGCCAGUGCUGUCAGGACGCCCAUGGGAUCCUUCAGGUCCUCUCUGGCGUCCCUGCGCGCCCCUGAGCUGGGAGCCGUGGCGGUGAAGGCAGCGGUGGAGAGGGCAGGCGUGGAUCCCAAGGCUGUGCAGGAGGUGUACAUGGGCAACGUGGUGACAGCUGGGUCAGGUCAGGCCCCCACCAGGCAGGUCGCCCUCUUCGCCGGCCUUGACAAGUCCACGCCCUGCACCACUGUCAAUAAGGUAUGCGCGUCAGGUAUGAAGUCAUUAAUGAUGGCAUCGCAGGCCAUCAUGUGUGGCAGCCAGGACGUGAUGGUGGCUGGAGGGAUGGAGAGCAUGAGUCAGGUCCCUUACUACAUGCCUAGGGGUGACACGGCUUAUGGUGGGGUGAAUCUGCUGGAUGGCAUAGUGUUUGAUGGCCUUACAGAUGUGUACAACAAGAUUCACAUGGGAAAUUGUGGAGAGAAUACUGCAAAGAAACUCGGCAUUACUCGUGACCAGCAGGAUGAGUAUGCCUUAGAGAGCUACAGGAGGUCAGCAGAGGCGUGGAAGAGUGGAGCGAUGAAGGAGGAGAUAGUGGAGGUGACGAUAAAGGGGAAGAGAGGGAAACCAGACACAAAAGUAGUGGAAGAUGAAGAAUAUAAAAAAGUUAAUUUUGAAAAGUUUAAAAAGUUGGCAACAGUUUUUCAGCGCGAGGGGGGGACAGUGACAGCUGGCAACGCAUCAACACUGAAUGACGGAGCCGCAGCGUGUGUGUUGAUGAGUGCGACAGCGGCGGCAGCACAUGGCGUCACCCCCCUGGCUAGAGUUAUGGGGUUCUGCGAUGCUGCCACAGACCCCAUUGACUUCCCCAUCGCUCCUGCCCUUGCUACACCUAAGCUGCUGGAGAUGACGGGGGUGCGAGCAGAGGAUGUAUCGCUGUGGGAGGUCAAUGAAGCCUUCAGUGUUGUGGUGCUGGCCAACAUGAAGCUGUGUGACCUCGACCCGGCCAAGGUCAACGUGCAUGGCGGUGCUGUCUCCCUCGGCCAUCCUAUUGGCAUGUCUGGGACACGCAUUGUGGCACACCUGGCCCAUUCCCUUAAGCCUGGCCAGAAGGGGGUGGCUUCCAUCUGCAACGGGGGAGGGGGAGCAUCCGCCAUCAUGAUAGAGAGGCUAGCCCACCCGAGGAGUGUCAAGGAAGUGCCAACACUCACCCUGUUCACCAAGGAACCCUGCCCCCUGUGUGAUGUGGCCCUGGAGGUCCUGGCACCGCUGAGGGCACGAUUCCAGCUGGAGACUGUGGACAUCGAGGAACCGGGCAACGAGAGGUGGCUGGCACUGUACGGCACUGAGAUUCCUGUGUUCUUCCUUGAGGGGAAGUACCUCAUGAAGCACAGGGCCGACCCAGACCUGCUGGCAUUGAAGAUUGAGGAGUGGCACAGUUUGCAACAAGGAAGGCAAGAGUGAAGAGGAGGAAAAGAAGAGGAGGAGAGAGAAGAGGAACAAGAGGAGCAAAACAGGAAAAGAAGAGGAGGAGAGAAGAGAAGAACAUGAGGAAUUGGAAGAGAGAAGGGAAACAGGAGGAGGAAUCAGAAGAGAGAAAAAGGAACUAGGCGAGGCAAGAAGAGAACAGGAGGAGAGAAAAGAAGAGUGUGUGGGUGAGUGAGUGACUGUGGGUUUGUCAGCAUAUUGUGGGACAGAGAGAGAGAGAGAGAGAGAGAGAGAGAGAGAGAGAG